ACGAAAGGAGCCAAGAUGGCGGCGGCGGCGGCAGGAGCGGCAGCGGUGGGGAGCGGUGGGGCUGCCGCGGCCUCUGUGCUGAGCCGAAGCCGGUUCCGGGGCUGCCUGCUCGGAGCGCUGCUGGGCGACUGCUUGGGCGGCGGCUUCGAAGCUUUCGAGACGGUCAACCUGGCAGAGCUGCUGCGCUUCGUGCGGUCGCUUCAACCGCCCGAGAAAGAACGGGCGGCCCAAGACAAGUUGGCACCUGAGGCGAACCACAAAACACCGUCCCCAGCCAGGGAAGAAGGGGAGUGUGAAGAUUUGCGCCAUGAACAAGGGGGUUAUACGGAUCCACAUAGGGAAGAUUUGGGAAUCCACUUCUACAGUGAUGACACAGCUAUGACUCACUCGAUAGUGAGGUCACUGCUAGCCAAGCAGGACUUCGAUGAAGUGGAUAUGGCAAAGAGGUUUGCUGAAGAAUACAAGAAAGACCCUGACCGGACCUAUGGCGCCAGUGUGAUUACUGUAUUCAAGAAACUUCUCCGCCCCAAAUGCAGAGAUGUGUUUGAGCCAGCGAGACAGCAGUUUAAUGGAAAAGGCUCCUAUGGGAAUGGUGCUGCCAUGAGAGUAGCAGGCAUUUCACUAGCUUACUCUAACGUUCAAGACGUAAAGAAGUUUGCCAAAUUGAGUGCUGAAUUGACCCACUCCAAUUCCUUGGGCUACAAUGGAGCCAUACUGCAGGCUUUGGCAGUUCACUACGCUCUACAGGGUGUAGAGCUGAAUCGGGAGAAGUUCGUGGAGCAGCUGAUAGGCCACAUGGAGGAAGUGGAAGCAGAUGACAAGUCUGUUGCAGAUGCACGAAUGCUGGGCUAUGAGGAGUUGCCAUAUUCAAAGCGUCUAAAGAAGAUCAAAGAAUUUUUGGAGCAGAGCACCGUGUCAAAAUCAGAUGUGGUGUCAGAAUUAGGCAAUGACAUUGCAGCCCUGCGCUCUGUCCCCACUGCUAUCUAUUCCUUUCUGCGCUGCAUGGAGUCUCACCCAGAUAUCCCUGAGGACUUCAACAGUCUACAACGGACCAUUGUCUACUGCAUCUCAUUGGGUGGGGAUACAGACACCAUUGCUACAAUGGCUGGGGCAAUUGCUGGGGCAUAUUAUGGGGAAGAGCAGGUACCCCAAAGCUGGAAGUAUAGCUGUGAAUCUUUUGAGGAGACAGAGAAGUUGGCUGACAGCUUGUAUGAACUCUACUGCCAACGGAUUUGAGCCGUGGAAAAAGGACCCUGCACCUGGUCAACAGAUCUGUGUUUCUGUUUCAUCUUCCAAAGAAGAACUCGUUUGCAAUGUGGGGCUUCUUUUCCCUCAUGGGAAACAUGCCUAGGAUAUUUUGUGUGGCAGAUAAAGGUUCCUCUUGUAACCAA